AUGUUACCUGUGGAGCUGGGGCAUGUGACCACACUGAAGGCCCUGAACCUGAGGCACUGCCCUCUGGAAUUUCCUCCUCAGCUGAUUGUGCAGAAGGGCUUGGCAGCCAUCCUGACCUUCCUGCAGAUCUGCGCAACCACGCACUCGUUCCCUCAAGAUGCAGCUACUGGAGAGGCACCACCACUAUGGAAGAGGAGCCUGAGCGAGCUUCCGGCCUCUGUGCUGGCUUUACCCGCUGACUGCAUGUCUGGAGACCAAGCCAGCAAUCAUCAGGCAGCUGCAGUGAAGGAAAAGGCCGACUUCUUCCCACCUGUCGACAGGCUAGACCUGAGCGAGCUCAGGAAGUCCCCCGACUGCUCAGAACACUGGCCGAGCGAGGAGGAAAUCAGGCGCUUCUGGAAGCUGAGGCAGGAGAUCGUUGAGAAUGAAAAGGCCAAGGUUCUGGAGAAACAACUCUUACCCAUCGAGUUGCCUCCAAACCUCAGGGCGGCCUUAAACACGGAGGGGAAGGACCCCUCAAAGAGAAGACAUGCUGUCAGGAGGAAGGCUCCCUCUUUCAAAAACAUCCUACCUGCUCUCGCGGCACUACACCAAACAGCGAUUCCAGCAAAACGACUUGAAGAGGGUCGUGUGGCAGCGCUCAGAGAGCUCCGGGAGAAGCAGGCUCUGAUGGAGCAGCGGAGAAGAGACAAAAGAACUCUGCAGGCAUGGAGGGAGCAGGCCCAGAUGAGGAGGAGGAAGAAGGAGCCCAGUGCACUCCUGCCUCUACAGAGGACCACGGUGGCGUCAAAGAUUCCAUUCGCCACAGAUCUGAUAGAUCAUGGGAAAAUUCCAGCAAAUCCAUUUGGGAAAACGAAACACAGCAAAGAGAGAAUAUCAAAAGCCAGCUCAGACUUAAGCGCCUCCCGGUUGGCGGAUCUGGAGGAGAAGAUACGGAAGCACGUACGGCAGCUGCAUGCCCGCAGGCGCUUCCAAGGAGCAGACCCGCUUCAGGAAGUGAGGACGGCCGCCCAGGACCUUCAGACGGCCAAGAAGCUGCAGGAGGAGGUAAUGAAACUGAGACUGGAAUCGGCCCUGCGCAAAGAGCACCUAUUUUCAACUCUCGGUGGGAACCUCUCACUUUACCCUCCGGCAUCACGGCCUCACAAUCUAUUUUUUAACACGAGAUACUGA